CCCACCGCUGCCCGACCCGCAUCGACGUGCUUUUAGUAUGCUGCGCGCAUGCGACACGCCCGCACCCUUCUGCGCUCCUAGUACCAAACAUCGUAAACACGCGAAUUUAAACCAGAAACAAAACAAGCGAAAAGUGCCAAAUGCAUCGUUAAAUGAUAAAAUGGUCGCGAUCCUGGCGAAUCCUAAAUGGAGCGAGGAUCUCACCAUACAAAUGAUAAUAGAGUAUGAGAAACGAGAGUACCUCUGGAACCCGGUGGCGGAGCAUUAUAAAAACAAAAAGAUACGCGAACAGGGUUAUUUGGAAAUAAUUAAAGCGCUCAAUUUGGUCGACGUGACUGUGAAGGAGCUCAAGAAUAAAAUAAAGAAUAUUCGGUCGUCGUACAGCGUGGAACUGAAGAAGAUUCGCGCGGCGCGCAAGGCUGGCGCGCAUGCGUACCGGCCCAGUGUCACGUGGUUCGAGCACGCCGACAGGUUCCUGCGGGCGAUAGUAACUCCUAUCUCCAUGGAUAACACGUUAGUUGAGAUACCAGCGAGUGACGACAGCGACGUGGUACAAGAUUUAAGCGAACGAAAAUCGCCUGAGAAGAAAAGCCCGCGAAAACGUCGCAGUUCAACAAGAUCGUCGACACCGUACGUGUUGAACACGCCCUCUCCACGUCCUAAUACACCAUUUUCUAUCAACCAAUCGUCAUUUGGUAUCCUACCCACAUCUACAACGUUUUUAAAUCCCCCAGUAGGGAUAGCUACGCCACUCACUACCUCACUAGCUACAAUGUACCCCCUAACAAAGCAGAAGAAACGUAAUUCAGAAGAUCGUUCAGAGUCAGACGGUCCUCAAGAUUUGAGUCAACAUUCAGAUGUGAAUGAGAACGAAUUCGAGAUGUUCGGAAAACUGAUUGCGAGCCAAUUAAGGAAACUACCUCUCAGUUUAGCUUUGGAUACUCAGUUAAAAAUCCAGACAUUAGUAAAUGCUGCUAGAAUACAAGCUGUAUACCAACAGUAUAGUUACGCGGGUCCGUCUCAAGAAACGCUGUCAGUACAAGCUUUGUCCAAUGGAAUACUGGCAAGCAUGGCGUCACAGAGUACGUUCGCGUCCCGCGCAUUGGGCAUGCGCAAUGAUUCUCCAGAUGAGAUGAACAUUAAAGCGGAAUAUUUGGGAUCGGAACCCGAAGACUAAGUCCCUGUUCUCCCAAAUUGUAAAUUGUUUAACAAUCCAAGUAUAACAUGUGACGGAAAUAUCGGAUUUUGUUCCCUUAUCUGACAGUGACGUCAUUUUUAAGCUCUAUCAGGCAGUGGUGGGACAGGCCCUUCGAUGUCAAAGAUUAGACCACUUUACUAGACUCGUUGUCAGUUACGCACUAGUGGAAAAGGGUUCUAAAGUGCAUAUAUAAUAUGUUUUCUACCCAUUGCCCAAAACCAAACAGUACAAAUAAGAUGAAUAAUGUAGUUAAGUUGGAUGUUGUGAAGUAUUCUGUUUGUAACUUAACGGGAUAACUUGUAAGUUAGAGCAAAUACCUUUGACUGAAUCGCCACUGUUGUGAUUGUCGAUUGUUUCGCAGCCAACUGUUUAGUUGCACAACUAAUCGAGUCGUGUACCUCCUUAUAUGAAUCAAAGUGCGAUAGUUUUGUCAAAGGUGUAUCGCUUCAUGUGGUAUUUAUAGAUCUCUUUAUUUUUUUGGCUGUGUUUGAUUUUAUAAAGACAUGAUUUUUAUAUUUAAAUGGAUGUUUAGAUAUAUUUAGUACUUAACAUAUAAGAUGACUCUGAUUUAACAAGAACUGAUUGAAAUCUAGUUUUUGAUGAACUGCAUUAUUAAAAAGUCAGAAGAUUAAUUGAAAGCAGUGCCCUCUAUUUGAAAAAUACGAAAUCAAUGAUUUUUUAUAAUUCAAAAUCGUAACGUAACUGCCAAAUUUUUACCUAAAAUAUGUAGAUUGCCUAAUUUGUAAGUCUAAAGAAUUUUAACGAUCUUUAGUAUUUUAGAUUCAGUAUGUUUAUGAAACAUGCUUUUAUAGUUUAAAUUAUUUUCAUUAGAAUACAAAAGAAAAUGAAACCGUCUAAACCAGGGGUGGUCAACCGAAGGUAUAUUUUUUAAAAACAAUUGUACGGUCUACUUUACUAUUUACUCCUAAUCCGUACUAAUGUUAUAAAUAGAAAAAAAUGUAUUUUGAUGUACUAGCUGUUCCCAUGCGACUUCAUCCGCA